AUGGCGUUAAGCGAAAUCUACAAAUUCACUCAGCAAAAUAAAAAAUUUAUUCUCCCUUUCCAGGCAUUUUCAAAGGUUGCUAGACACUACAAUAUGACAUCAAUUGAGGUCAAAUCACGUUCAAGGUCACUUAAAUCAUAUUCAUCAAAUGAAUUGACUACUGAUUCUUUAGUUGAUGAGUUAAUUGAAGAACUCAGUGCUGAUAAUCACAUUUCAAGACACAGACUUAGAUUGACGAAAUUGGAAAAUGGGAAACAAGUACCAUUGGUGGCUGACAAGACUUUUGCUCAAAAUGGUAUUCCCAAGAGCGAAACUAAUAUUCAACUCUAUGUGAAGGAUUUGGGUCCACAAAUUUCAUGGCGUACUGUGUUCAUAGUAGAAUAUUUUGGACCUUUUAUAUUCCAUGUAUUAUUUUACAACAUUGCUUCAUUUUACAAUGUGAAGCCAUUCGAGCAUACCCAAACUCAGACCUUGGCUUACUGGAUGGUUUUGUUGCAUUUUGCCAAGCGUGAAUAUGAGACAUUGUUUGUUCACAAGUUCUCAAAUGCCACAAUGCCUGCAUUCAACAUUUUCAAAAAUUCCACUCACUAUUGGAUUUUGUCAGGAUUCAACUUAGCAUACUUUGUGUAUGCUCCUGUUGAAAAGUACACCGGAUUUUUGGGACAUUUGUUUUACGUUAAUGAAUUUCCAGUCUGGGCAAAAUACUCAUUAGUUGCAUUGUGGGCUUUUGCUGAAUUAUCCAAUUUCAAAACCCACAAAAUUUUGAGUAACUUGAGAAAUGAGGAUACCAAGAAGUAUGUUAUCCCAUAUGGUUAUGGAUUCAAUUUGGUGUCCUGUCCAAAUUACUUCUUUGAGUCUUUGUCAUGGUUGGCAUAUGCCAUGUUGGUUGGUAACUGGUCAGCAUGGAUCUUCUUACUUGUUAGCACCGGUCAGAUGUGGCUUUGGGCUGUGAAGAAACACAAGAGAUACUUGAAAACAUUUGGUGAUGAGUACAAGAAGUUGAAGAGAAAGAUUUUUGUACCAUAUGUUAUCUAA